AUGGCGGACACCACAUGUGUCCUAAACUCCAUGGAUGAAGCGCCUAACAUCUUACAGCGGCUGGAUGCCCUAUUCAAAGCUUUCUGGGAAAAGCUGAGUGCCAGGAUGUCACAGUCAGUUCCUAAGAUUAAACCACAUCCAAACCUGUUGCAACGCUCCCAACACAGACCACCCCGCUUGAGGCGACGUAGGCCCUUCUGGAACACCUCAUCAAUAGUUGAGGGCAAAUCAGUAUCGGCACUGCAUACUCUUCCAGCAU